AUGCCAGUCCACAGGAAUGGGAACUUGUCAGCAGCGCCCUGGCAGGAAUUUGUGCUGGAGGGAUUUGGGGGCGGUGUGGAGACCCAGGCCCUGCUCUUUGCCGUCUUCCUGCUCCUGUACACGGUGACCGUCCUGGGGAACCUCACCAUGAUCGUCCUCAUCACCGUGGAUGCCCGCCUGCACUCCCCCAUGUACUUCUUCCUGAAGAGCCUGUCCUUCGUUGACCUCUGCUACUCUUCCGUCAUUGCCCCCAAUGCCAUGGCCAACUUCCUCUCUGCCUCCAAGGUCAUCACUUUUGCAGGCUGUGCCACCCAGUUGUUUUUCUUCUCUUUCCUAGGUACCACUGAGGCCUUACUCCUGGCUGUGAUGGCCUAUGACCGCUUCAUGGCCAUCUGUAGUCCUCUACGUUACCCAAUCACCAUGUCCCCCUCAACCUGUGCCCGCCUUUUGUUAGGUGCCUACUGUGGAGGCUGCCUCAACUCCAUUGUGGAGACCAGCCUCACCUUCCAGCUUCCUUUCUGUAGCUCCAACCGGAUAGAGCACUUCUUCUGUGAUGUGCCUCCACUCCUCCAGCUUGCCUGUGCCAACACGGCUGUCAACGAGCUUGUCAUGUUUACUGUCUGUGGGUUCAUCCUAAUGGGAGCAACACUAGCAAUCACGAUCUCCUAUGGCUACAUUGCAGGGACCAUCCUUGGCAUGCACUCUGGAUCUGGGCGGCACAAGGUCUUCUCCACCUGUGGCUCUCACUUGACAGCUGUGUCCUUGUUUUAUGGAACUGGUUUUGCUAUAUAUGGCCAGCCAGGAGCUGUGGCGUCCAUGGAGCAGGGCAAGGUGGUCUCCGUCUUCUACACCCUGGUCAUCCCGAUGCUCAACCCCCUCAUCUACAGUCUGCGGAACCAGGAUGUGAAGAAGGCGCUGCGGAGGCUGGGACAGAAACAUGCAGCUAUGUGA